UGAGAUGCAGAAAAAAGCAAAACGAAAACCCGCCUACAAAUAUUGUUAUUUUGAUUAGAUUAAACGGAUAGAAGAAUAUGGAACCGCCGUACGCACCUCUGAGCGAGUCCUGCGCCAAGGCGCUGGGCGACAAGGUCUACGAGAAGCGCAAGUUGGCCUCGCAGGAGAUUGAAAAAAUGGUCACUGAAUUCAACAACAAAAACAACUCAGCCCAGAUCCGAAAGCUAAUCGAGGUGUUGGCCACGGACUAUGCCACUUCGCGGGAUGCCAACCGGCGGAAGGGGGCGCUUAUCGGACUCGCGGCCACGGGCUUAGGGCUGGGAAAGGACUCGGACAAGUAUGUGAAUGGCCUGGUGACGCCCAUCCUGACCUGCCUCUCCGACCCAGAAAAGGGUGUGCGGUACUUUGCCUGCGAGUCACUGUACAAUGUGGUUAAGGUGGCGCGUUCAGCCAUCAUUCCAUUCUUUCCGGAACUGUUCGCGGCGAUAUCCCGCCUAGUCACCGACUCUGAUCAGAUGGUUAAGGAUGGCAGCGAGCUACUGGAUCGCUUGCUAAAGGAUAUUGUCACAGAAUCGUCACAGACCUUUAACUUGGAGGCCUUUGUUCCCCUGCUGCGGGAACACAUCUACGUAAAGGAUGCGUUCGCCCGACAAUAUGUGAUCUCUUGGAUAUCCAUCCUGAAUGCCGUGCCCGACAUUAACAUGGUCAACUAUCUGACCGAAAUUUUGGAUGGGCUGUUUGUCAUGCUGGAGGACAAUACGCUAGAGAUUCAACGCAUGUGCGAGACGACGAUAAGUCAGUUCCUGAAGUCCAUUCGGAACGACUCUUCGUCCGUCCGGAUGGAGGAUACAAUAAACACUUUGAUUACCCACGCCCAGUCGCCCAAUGAACUGAUCAAGUCGAUUGCGAUCACCUGGAUCCGGGAAUUUGUUCAAAUAUUUGGCACAAAUGUGUUGCCUUAUGCCAGCGGAAUAUUUACGGCGAUACUGCCUUGCCUCGAGUAUAACGUGGAGUCGAAGCGCAGCAUCAAAGAGUGCGCUGUAUCCGUCAACAAUUCGAUGAUGCUGCUCGUAUCCAGUAAGGAACUGAAAACGCAGACUGUGGCAAAGAUAGACCUGCGUUCAAUUAUGGACGUUCUAUCGCAAUAUCUCACGCACAACUCCAUGCAUACAAAGAUCGCUGUGCUUAAGUGGAUCCAUCAUCUGUUCACCAACUUCCCGAACGAGAUGUCUGUGCAUGCCACCAAUUUAAAUAAUAAUUUAAUGUCAACGCUGGCCGAUAACUCCGACGAGGUUGUACUGCAAAGUCUGUCCGUUCUAGCGGAAAUUGUAAACUCACAGGACACUAGAGAAUUGAACGACUUCAAGAAGACGCACUAUCGCAAGUUUCUGUUAAGUUUGCUGAACUUGUUUAGUGAAGAGAAACUCAUAUUGGAGAACCGAGCCAGUCUUAUCAUAAGAAAACUCUGCGUGCUGCUGAAUGCCGAAUAUAUUUACCGCACAUUUGCCGAGAUCAUAGCCGAGGAGGUACCCAACUUAAAGUUCGCAUCCACAGUGGUGCGUCUGCUAAACAUAAUUCUUCUCACCUCCACGGAGCUCUUCGAAUUACGAACCAGCCUGCGCAAUAUUUCCAAUGAAAAGUCUGCAGAUCUCUUUCAAUGCCUGUACAAGAGUUGGGCCCAUUGUCCUGUGUCGACGCUGUCACUGUGUCUGCUGGCCCAGAGCUACCAGCAUGUCUCCCAUUUGGUCACGUUAUUCGCUGAUGUCGAAAUAACCAUGGAAUUGCUUACCGAGUUAGACAAACUGGUCCAGCUGAUAGAGUCUCCGAUCUUUGCUCCUCUGCGUCUCACUCUGGUCUCCAAAGCGAACAACUGCGCGGACGCUCAGUACUUGGCCCACGCCCUGUUUGGCAUCCUCAUGUUGCUGCCGCAGACCGAAGCUUUCGAUACCCUUCGGAAUCGACUGCAGUGUGUGCCCAACUACUGGGGCCACAACCCCAUAGAUGAGCGAAAUUCACUGGAGUACAAAAGUGGCAUCGACUUCGAUGCUCUGGAACAGCACUUUAUAAAGUUACAAAAGGCGCAUCGCGAACAGCGAAUUGUACAACGGAAGCGCAGUGUAAUUACUCCGGAAAGUAAUUAGGAGACUAAAGCAUACCUUAUUUAUAUAUAGCCUGUGAUUAAGCGUAAAGUAAUUUAAUAUCGCAUUUGUGUGUUUUAAUAAACGUGAAUCUUAUACA